AUGGGCUGGGUAAAGUUCGCCCUCGCACUUUGCGCGAUGGUCAUGCUCGUGGAGAAUUUCGAGACUCCGAAGAAAUGGCUGCGCACCAAGCCACCGAGGCUCAGCCUCGUACCAGUGGUGGUCACGGUGCUCAUGAGAGCGGCCGAUAUAGGCCUCCAUGCCGUCAACAUCGCCUGCACGGAGAGGAGAAUUCCCUCGAUGCAUAUUUACGCAGCUGGCGUGGUCCUGGCUCUUCUCGGGAACGCGGUCACGAUUGCAGGUCUGGCGAAGGAAAUGCGCCUCGCGUAUCCCGAUCCGAAGCGUUCGUGGUGUACUUCCCUCGAGGAAAUCAGUUACUGUGCUCGUCUGGUCUGGAUUGAGCCCACAACACCAGGUGCUUCAGGCGAGACGGAACUGGUGGAACUCCUCCAGCUCCAGGUGGACUACACAUCAAGACCUUGGAUGGGCAAGCUAUGCCAAGGUCCAUCCGUGCCGUGCUCGUCUGGUCUGGGUUGA